AUGCUGCCGUCUAUGAUUCUCCCUAUCGUCCUUCUUGCCUCGACCAUUGCUGCUGCUGCCCCUGUCGAGCAUGUCGUGAAUAAACGCGCUGAUGAUCCGAGCGAUACGGACAUCCUCCAAUAUGCACUUACCCUCGAACAUCUCGAGAACGCAUUUUAUAGUGGCGCCUUGUCCAAGUUUGAUGUUUCUGCGUUCCAAAAUGAUGGGUUCCCGUCAUGGGUCCGCGAUCGUUUCCAACAAAUUGCUGACCAUGAAGCCUCACAUGUCCAAUUUCUCUCCACCGCACUUGGAUCCAGUGCUACCCAAGCCUGCAACUACUCCUUCCCUUAUACAGACCCCAAAUCCUUUGCUGCCCUCGCUGGUGUUUUGGAAGGCGUAGGUACUGCUGCCUACUUGGGUGCUGCAAAGUAUAUCACCAAUAAGGAUUACUUGACGGCUGCCGCUGCAGUGCUCACAACCGAAACACGCCAUACGGCAUGGGUCAAGAGCGCUGUAAUGCACGAUUCAGCAUGGAGCGGCGCAUUUGACACUCCGCUCGACCUCAACGCCGUCUACUCCCUCGCCGCGCCUUUUAUCAUUUCGUGCCCGUCGUCGAAUCCGUCGUUGCCCGUCAAAGCCUUCCCUGCACUUCGCGUGACCUCGACGCCUUCUCCGGGGAAGAGUGUGACUUUCGACUUCAAUUCGACCUCGACCGGGUCUAAUCAAAUGCUCUACGCCGCCUUUUUCAGUGGACUCGACACGCUCUUCGCGCCUCUUGAUUCGAACAAGUCGGCUACUGUCCCGGAAAAGCUGGUCGGUACUGUCUAUGCAGUCAUAUCAACCAAUGGUACCGUCGUAUCGGACGAUAGUACCGUUGCUGGACCCGCCAUCCUGGAAUUCCGUCUCCCUGAGAUGGCUAGACAGACCAAUUAG